AUGCAGACCGUCACCACCACAAAAGCCUAUCACAUCCAUAUCGACCCGCUGAAAAAGAGUAUGGCAAUGUAUAACGUUGACGCUGUCGGCCUAUGGCAAGCAGAUUCAUAUACGGCGAUCAAAAAGAUAAACAUUCACCUAUCUAGACCGGAGUAUGCAAACGAUUUGAAAGGUCUUCGACAUUUGGACUCUGCAACCUCCCGAGAGCAAAGUCACAGUCAGCUGCUGUCCGAGAUCGCGCACUCGGCGAUUCCAACUUUAGGUUCCAACACACUUCUGACCGCUGCGUUCAUUGCGGCGCAGUUGAAGCGUAGUGUUGUACGAGAGGUUGAGUUGUGGACCUAUCUGGUUGAUUGUGUCCUGUCCCUCUGGCUACUCAGAGAGACUCUGCCUGUUUAUAUAUACAUUGGCCUGUAA